AUGACGGACGCGGAUGUGUACGCGUACGAGCAGGAAAUGGACGAGUGGGAGGCUGCGCAUGCACUUGACAUGGAAGCUGCAGACGAGGAGAUGCAUGCGCUGGGUUUUUUUGAGCAGGCUGAAGCCGCAGAGAGCCCGGAAACGAAGUCUAUUCUAGUCGCUGUGGACCAGCUACCUCUAAAUAGGAAUAACGACACAACAGAGAGUGCGAACGAUGUCGUGAUCGCGACAGAAAGUCGAUUGGAUCAAUUGCUGGCACGAUGUGAGACAUUUUUGGGCGAGGAUGGAGACAGAGACGUGGUCCAAGUGUCUCGAGUAAAAAAGGACGUGGAGCUCAGUACGAAACGGACCUCUGUACCAUCUCUGGACACUGCAGCAGCCACGUAUCUUUACAGUCGUCCACCUGUUGAUGUGGACUCUCUUUCUGUUGUGUUAAGCGAUGGCAAACGGCUGUUCGUGCGCAAGAAACGACCGAGAACGACGACUUCUACUUCAUUUGACGCGAUCCGAACCACGACGACAUCCCUUGUCCCUGUCAAAGAAAUGAUGGAGGCCGUGGAGAGGAUGGAGAUUAGUGAAGCAGCUUUGAAGGAGGAAGAGGCUUUGUUGCAGGAGCAUAACGUUGUGUACAAAGAUUCUGUCAACAUGACGAACGCAGUUUUGUGGCUGGAUAAGUACCGACCGCAGAGCUUUUUGGACCUUUUGAGCGAUGAACGAACGAAUCGCGAAGUUCUCACUUGGAUCAAGUCGUGGGAUCAAUAUGUGUUUCCAAAAAAAGAGCGUGUGAAUAGCACUUCAUCAGCUACCGCUACGACAAACGCUUACGGAAACUCGAGUACAACUUCGUGGAACCACGCUGCUGCAAACACUCACGCCAGCGGCAGUACAGGGGUCGAGGACGAGGAAGAUAAGCGACCGUUUCACAAAAUCAUCCUGAUCUGUGGGCCGCCUGGAGCUGGUAAAACAACGUUGGCAAACAUUGUUGCGCACCACGCUGGCUAUAAUCCUCUCGAAGUAAAUGCAAGUGAUGACCGAACAGCAUCUGUAUUGCGCAACAAGAUUAUCAGUGCUAUGGAAAUGCAAUCAAUUUGGGGCGAGUGUAAGCCUAAUUGCAUCAUCCUUGACGAAAUUGAUGGUGCCAUGAACGGCAGCGAUGGCAAAUCGGCCAUUGAGGUGAUUCAAGAGAUUGUGAAUGCUCCUCUAGCGAAGAAGAAAACAGGAGCAAAGAUGUUAGCUAAAAAUCGUCAUCCGCUGACCCGUCCACUCAUCUGUGUCUGCAAUGACCUGUACGCUUCUGUGUUACGUCCACUGCGUCGGAUAGCUAAGAUUUUCACACUGGAUGCACCACAUCCGCAACGUCUCGUUACACGUCUGAAGCACAUUUGUCGUCACGAGGGGAUCAAAGCUUCUACAGGCGCGCUAGCAAAUCUGUGCUCUAGCGCUGGCAACGAUAUCCGCUUUUGCUUGAAUACGCUGCAAUUCCAAAGUACUCAGUCGCGCGAAGCUGCGGCAAAUAAAUCGGCUCCAGUCGUGGCUUUCAGCUGUAGCCUUCUUGCGCAAAAAGAUCAUGCUCAUGGCAUGUUUGAGGCACUGAAUCUUGUGUUUUACGAAGCGCGCUCAACAUCAGCCAAAGGACAGAUCCCUGCUAUUGAGAAGAUUAUUGCAGCCGUGUCGUCGCUGGGCAAUUCUUCCUUAUUACUUAACGGUCUGGACGAGAACGUCCCAAAGAUGAUAUUUAACGACCCCACCAUGAGUAAAAUAUGCGACGUGUUCGAGUGGCUGGGUCUCGCAGACGAGUACGAGAACCGCGCCCAUUCAGAGCAGCAACACGUGUUUCAAGCAUAUAUUCCAUUUGCUGCCAUCGCGACACACGCGUCUUGCUGCACAAGCUCUAGGCGUCGUGUGGAGUAUCCUCGAGCCCAAUUCGAGGCUAAAAAGCGAAGCGAUCAUGCUGAGAAUAUACUUGGGGCACUAGUAGAAGGAGCACUGUUGCAACCAAUUCUGCGAUUGAGCCACGACGAUCUCGUCGUUGAUCUUGUACCAUGGCUGCUUGCAAUAUUAUCGCCUGGUCUUCGCCGCACCAAUCCGUCGCUACAAACGAAGGAGGAAAAGGUCAUGACCCAUCGACUCAUCCAGCUAAUGACGUCAUUGGGGCUGUCAUUCCAGCACAAGUACUUACCCGAUGGUAGUGAGGACUACGCACUUGAACCACCACUGAACGAACUCGUGGAGUUCCGAAGCGAUGAGACCAAUGCAGCGUAUCGAUUCGUGCUUCCAUUGCCUGUACGGAAGAUGAUUGCUCGAGAAGUGAACCUGGAGCAGAUGCGUCGGAAUGAAAGCACGGCUUCGACGAGGCGACAUGGCAACAGCAAUUCGGUUAGCAAGAUGACUCACGUACCGAGCGAAGCCACUAUCGAAGAGAAGGCUGCCAAAAUCACCUACGCUUUGCCGGAACUCAGUGAUAUAGAGCAGGCGAAGAAAGACGAGGCUUUGCGCAAGCGAAAUCCUUUUGCGUUCGCACAUCGUGAAGCUAAACGCAAGCGCGAUGAGGAGUCGGAUGCAAAACUGAAGCGACAGCACACCGCCGCUGCUCAUGUGCAUUCCAUGGUGCGCUACAAGUACAACGAAGGCUACACGUGCGGCAUCAAGACAACAGUGUACGUUCGAGAUUUACUAUAA